AUGGGGAUUGGCCGGCUACUGGGGUGGAAAGCUGCUGGAAAAAAAUAUGGCACACUGAAUGUUCCAGCCAAAGUUCAACAUAUGCUUUGGCGUGUCAUCUCGGGUUGCCUCCCAACAAAAAUUCAGCUUUCAACUAAGCAUGUCCAUGUCGAUUUAACUUGUCCCUUGUGCAAUCUUGCACCAGAAUCGGCCUCUCAUGUACUCUUCAGCUGUUCAUUUGCUCAUUCCUGUUGGAACUUAUCUUCGGCUUCUGCUGCUGGUAUCGGGGAGGAAGCUUUUCUUGACUGGUUUUGCAACCUGCUGGUGCACGGCAGCAAAGCAGUAGCUGAGGAGGCUGCGAUGCUUUUGUGGCGAAUUUGGACAGCCCGUAAUGAUCAGUUAUGGAGUAAUAAGUCAACCACUGUUUUGGAGGUUCUUCGGUCGGCUAGAACUAAUCUUGGCAAUUGGCAAAAUGCUCAAUCAAAUGGUUUAUCUCCAUUACUCAAUGUUAAUAUUGGGAAUGGUAAGGAGCAUUGGACAAAACCACUUUUUACUAAGUUCAAGAUCAAUGUCGACGGGGCAAUCUUCGAAAGUGAGACUCGAUUUGGCUUUGGCUUCAUAAUUAGAGACUCGGCUGGGAAACUCAUACAUGCGGCUACUGGGAGUAAAUUGGGUGCGGUUUCUCCCGAGAUUGCUGAAGUGGUGGGUAUGAAAGAAGUCUUGAGUUGGAUCAAGAGGAUGAAUGUAACUGAUGUGGAAGUUGAAACUGAUUCGUUGGUCACUGUUCAGGCUAUUAAUGGAUCAGUUCAAAUGCCAUCUCAGUUUGGUUUAAUUGUUCAAGACUGUCGUCUUUUGUUAUCUGAGUUACAAAAUAUUUUUAUUUCUUUUGUUAAACGAUCUGCAAAUAGGGCUGCUCAUUGUCUUGCAAGGCAAUCCUGUUUUAUGUCAGAUUGUAUGUUUGAUGAGUUCUCUGCUCCAUCAAAUUUGCUUUCAAUUGUAAGGGAUGAUCUUAUUUCAAGUUGA